CAAACCUUUUAGAGGGCCUUGAUUGCACUAUGGAAAUAGAAGAUACGGUGCCCGUCACGUCCAAGAAAAAACACGAUAAAACCGAUUCGUCGUCUGAUGGCUCUCCUUCAAAACACGAGGGCAAGAAAACAGACAAAAAGUUCGAUGCAGAGUCUGACCCUAAACCACGUAUAGUUCUUACCUUUCGUUCAGAAAAACCUGGCGCCAAAAGCAGUGCAAUGAAAAUUGUGUCUACUGAAGAGAAACAGGAGGAGACAUCUUUACGGCGUUCUAGCAGAACUAAAGCCAAACGUGAUGAAGAUUAUGAUACUGAAUUUCAGUCACAUCGAAAAGAUAAGACCAGCCAACAGAUGUCUGAAAAUGACGAUGUUUCAGACAGUUCUCACGCGUCUCCACCUAAAAGAUCCACACGAAGGCGUAGCAAAGAAUUUGAUAAUGUGAUAGCUAAUGCUAUAGCAAGAAAAGAGAAAUCUUAUAAUGAAACUCCAGCUCCUUCAAGACCUUCUCGCCGUAUCAAACCAACUGCUAAAGUUCUUGCAAAUGAAGAGUUAAGAAUGGGGCUAGAAUCUCAGAAUAAUGCUCGUCUUGGACGUGAUGCAGAUAAAAGCCCAGAAGAAGGUGUACGAACGAGACGAUCCAACAGGUCAGGUAGACCUAUUGACCAUGAUGAGCAUGCAGUAACAGAGAAGAAAAAUAGUAGAUCAAAACCAAUGGAGGUGGAUGGUGAAGAAAAUCAAAGCCAAGUGAUGAAAUUGAAGCAUUUGUGUGAAUUGGGCCUGAAGGCUAUUGAUUCUGAAGAUAGAGAUGACACCAAGGAUGAAGAAGUAGCAGACGAAUCUAUAGAACUAGAAGAAGAAGAGGAUGAAGAAAUUGACGAUGAUACUGAAGUGAUCAGCAAACUCCUGGAAGCUGACGCAAAGAGUGUUGAAGAGACCAGUGAAGUUGAUAGCUUUGAUGACACAAGCGAUGAGGAUUAUGAAACUGGACGACCAAGACGGUCAACAAGUGCCCCACGACGCCGCUCGUCCAGGAGACCUUUAUCAAAUUACGAAGAAACCGUACAUGUCCCAGAGAACGCUGAAGAUAACUUGGAGGCAGCGGUUCCCCCGGAAGAAUCCACAAUCAUCGCCAAGUGCUUCUGCGAAACACCCAGUAACGUGCACGCGGCCGUGGAUGAACUAACAGAACCAGUAUUCUGCCAAGCAAUCGAGCUAGUAGACGGUGUCCGCGUAGGCUGCUCUCACGCCGCUGCCAAAGAAGAUGACGGCUCUUAUUCCCCGCUGAUCCGCGCCGGGCCACGCGCGCCAUACUUCCUGGCCUGCGCGUUGCAUUUUGCGCAGUUGAGGACGCACAUGUGCUGCUCGGCAUGUGGCCUGUUUUGUACGCAGGGAAUUUUCUACCAGUGCUCCGAGAGUCACCUUUUCCACCUGGAGUGCGGCCUACCAUACAACGACGCGAAGUUAAAGCCGGGAUGCCCUCACUGCGGGAUGCACUCGUACCGCUGGCAACCUGUCAACCGCAACUGCUCUAAAGUGCAGGUCCAGAUGAAAUGUAGCAACAAGAGGAUCUUCUUGCCCGAUCAGAGGGAACAAUGCACUCCUGCUUAUCUCGGGUUCGCAAUCCUCGACCCCUCAAAGCUGGAUCAGAGUCCCGUGAUUCCUGCAGAGUUGCUUCCGUCCCCCCCGAUCGACCUGAAACGCCUCUGUGAGAAGCCGAUGGAAGAGGAAGACUUGCAGGACGCCGAGGAUAGCACUCCCAUUGAGAGGCUUUGCGACGCUAUACUGGCCGGAGAGGGUGUUGAAAAACUUAUACCUAAAAUUAGUGAGUGCUUGCUAUAUUGUUCCGCUCUUCUUUCUCUCUUAAGAAUAACACUGAACAUAUUGCACGAAAAUGGCUGUAAGAAACCCUUAUUAGAUGACCUUGACAACCGAUGUGGCCCAAUGGCAUGA